CCUUCUUUAUGGUCCAGCUCUCACUUCCAUACAUCACUACUGGGAAAACCAUAGCUUUAACUAUACGGACCUGGUAUGGAUUUAACCGUUGGGAGCCGCCCAGAGCAGGGCAACCCAGUCAGAUGGGUGGCUAAUAAUAAUAAUAAUAAUGUGUGUGUGUGUGUGUUGGGUGUUGUAGCACCACAUACACAGUGCUUUUACUCCGUCAGAAACACAAGCUCCUGUUUCCCCCGCCAACAUUCCCCCUCAGGCAGCCCAAAGCUGCAAGUCAGGAGGAGAGAGAGAAGCAACACCUGUUGAACGUCUGCCAUGCCGCUAAGCAGAGCUGAGACCCCUGCAUUGCAGGGGGUUGGGCUAGAUGACCCUCGGGGGUCCCCUGGUCCAGCUCUACAAUUUUACAAGCACCAAGCGGAAGGCCGGCUUGUGAUUUUAGUCAGGAGGGGCUGCGGCUGAGGGGGGUUGGUAGGGAAACCAUUUUGGCUCCUCACAGAAACCCGGGGUGCCCGUGUGUGUCUGUGAGGGGGGAGGGCGUUAUGGCCGGCCUCGGCCUGAGGAGGCGGGAGAGCGCCGCCGCCGCCGCCGCCGCCAUCCCUCGCGCCCUCUGAGGCGAAGGCAGCGAGGAGGCGGGAAAGGGCGACGCCGAGGAGGAGGAAGAAGGAGGCGCCCGGCCGCCGCCGCCGCCGGCCUCGUCAGUCCCCGCCCCGCGGCGCUCGCGCUCCCUCUCGCCGCCCGACCGUCCUUCCUCCCCUUCGUCCGCCGGGGCCGCCUGCCGCUGGGAGCCGAGCCGAGUCCCGCUCCUCUUCCUCCGCCGCCGCCAUGAGCUUCUUGUUGUAAGUGCGGGCCUUCUUCGAGGGAGCCCCUUUCCCCGCCUCGCCGGCAGCAGGGCCCAAGCCGGGCUGCUUUCCUGGCGCCCGAGCCCCGCCGGGGGAGGAGGACGGAAGCCCUUUCCGCCUCGCCUCCGCGCAGCGCCCCACGGCUCUGCCCGGGGGCCUUGGCUCUCCAACCGCCGCUUCCUCCACCACUGGGGUUAUUUACUUCUGGGUUUUUUUGCUCUGUGGCUUAAGCCUCUUUCCUCACAUCCUUUGUGUUCGUGUGUAUGCCUUGCCACCCCCUCCAUGGCUGGCCUCCUCCUGCUCCCCCCUCCUGAGGCUCCCCAUUUUCUCCUCCUCGCCCUCGGGCUCUCCCCAAUUCUGCCCUCGCCCCUUUGCUUUCCAACACGUUUGUUCCUUAUGUGUUUCCUUAAAAAAAAAUAAAAUACCCCCACCCCCACCGACCGCAGGAAAAAAAAAGGGGAAGUGCUUUUAUUUAUAUUUUCUGGUGUUAAUGUUGCUGGUUCCCCUUAAAUAGCUUCCCCCAUAUUGAUCAUCAUCAUCAUCGCCUACUGCCCUUCAUCCAAAGAUCCCAGGGCGGUUUGCAACAGAAAAAUAUAAAAUGAAAAUACAAAAUGCUGAUUAAAAAGCAAGGGUUUUUUUAUUUUAUUUUAAGGAGGUUAUCUCUUUGCUUGCUUGACCCUUUGAUUAUAAAAAGGGGAGUUUGGUGGGAUGGGGGCUCUGGGAAGCCCCUUCUGUACCUCAGUUGGGGGGGGGGGUCCGCUUCUGCUGAAAUGGGAGGCUAAUUUGUUGCGGCUAAACUGCUUACUAUCCUAAAAGUUUCUGUUUCGUUCUUGGACCUCUGGCUGCCUUUUGAGCUAAAAUGGGGGUGUUAGCAUUUUGGAGGAUCUCACUGCUGUUGUCUGAAUUGCCAGCUGCAGCCAAGUGGAGGAGUUCUGUAUUAUAGAAAAUAUGGUGAUUCCUGUUAAUUGUGGGGUGAGAAUGAUGGUGGGGGUGUUUGUAAUAUCAGGUGCCCCAUAUGCCUGCCUGUUCUUCCCUCCCCCCGUCCCCUCUUGGACAGCAGCUUGGAGAGACUCCCUGGUGGUUUCUGUCUGUAACCAUAAAAUGAAAUUGCAUCCCCUAGUUUGUCUCCUCCCUUCCACCCCCCUCUCAGGGAAUACAGGAGUCUGUAAUUAAUCGCCCCUUCUCCCCACCGGCCUUUUCUGUGUUUGAAAAGGCAGCAGUUUUUCUCUUGAGUGGUUCUUGUGAUUAAGAUAAUGGUUGUACGGGGUACCCAACUUGUAGAGAAGGUUUUUUUUGGGGGGGGGUUGUUUUUUUGUUUUGCUGAGACUGACAGGGAACGCAGCUGGCUCUGUUACGUAGGGGGCUAGACAUCAUGGACAAUAACCCUUAGAGAUCCCCUUCCUCCUUUUGUACUCUGGCCAUUGAUUGCAACUGCGUUGUGGUGGUCUGGUUUGCUCUUAAUUUUUUUUUUUAAAGUAUCUGCUAGAGUGAAAAGCAAACUUUUGGUUUGCUUAAAAUCUUUUAAAAAAAAUAUGUCUCUAAAUUUAGAAGUAGAUUGCAUGGUACUUGAUAGUCUUUUAAGUUCCUCUAGGGAACACAGGACACAUUUUGGCCUUCAAAAUUGCAGAAGAAGGGGCUUCUUUUGUGAAGGGUCUAUGUGCUUUGAGGUUUAGAGGUUCAGCACAGAAUUUGGAGAAUGUACAUCUUCCAUUUCCCUAAUACUAAACUUGAAGAAGCAAUUUGAAGAAGUUUAUUGAAUUUUAUGGGCAAAGGCGUCUUAUACACAACAGUAAGCACCAUGGAACAUCCUGACUUUUAACAUCUGAGUAACCAGCAUAGGAUGGCUUAAAGAAAACCACAUGAAAACAACUACUUUGCUUGGUUCUUUAAGCCUUUCAGUAUACCAUGCAGUUAAAAGCUAGUACAAAGCUUUUGGACUUUUGAAGGAUUGGCACAUGUUCUGAAAAACUCAAAGCUAAUUGUGUUACAACUUGUCUGGCAUUAUAGCAAGCAGGUACUGGAAAGGACAGAUUGAUGCAGACACUUGCAACACGAAAACAGUUCUAGAUAUCAGUAGUUGUUAGCUAACUGGCACAUACAAAAUGUGUAGGGCCUGUUGUUCUGUUAUUUGGUUUCCUAGUUCAAAAGUACAACCAAGUAAUCUCCAGUCCUUGCUGGUUGGAGUGGAGGCAAUCUAAUUAUGACAAUCAACAUAAACCGGUUAAGUGACUUACAAAAUAAAACGCAGUGUACUCCUGGGAAAGGGAAUGUUGGGGACUUAAAUAAAAUACGUAAUCACUUUGUUGUAGAAGACUUACAGUACUUUGUCAUGUUCCUAUAAAAUGUAGUUGUGCUUAUACACGCUUCCACGAACCUCUGCAAAUAUGUUAUUAAUUAAUAUUAGGAUAGCCCAGUCCUGUGCAUAUGCUUUAGCCACAGUAAGUGUCAAAAUGUUAUGCCUUAUUCAUUCCUCUUCUUACUCUUUAAAAUAUCUGGAAUGGAUUUGUGUCUAUGCAAAAAACUAACCCCCCCCCCAAAAAAAAACCCACCUGAAGCAAACUUCCAGAGCCACAUAGCUUUCUUUGUGUGCACGUGGGGCCAUGUAGAUAGUUUGGAAGGACUGUAUCUUGAAAGGAAAACUAUAAACAAAUUUAUUUAAAACAAAUAAAGUGUGUUUUCUUCAAAAAGGCAAAAAAAGAGGUGCUCUCAUUUGGUCUCCUGGAGUAAUGAUCUGUUGUGGAUUGAUGCUUCUUUCUAUAUAAUUAAGGCCCAUAGUAAUUUCUGAUUCUGUAAACCCAUGUUAUCUUCAUUCUGAUUGUGAAAGCCAAACUGACAGCUGCAUUUUUAAGAGAACUCUUCCUGAAGUUUGAGACUGCCUAAAAAUACUUGCUGUGCAGAUAUAUCAGUGAAUUGUGCCCAUCCAUCCACCAUUUUCCAUUUUCUUGUCUUUGGUUUGGGGUUUUAUAUUCAUACCUGCCUUGGUUAGGGAACACAGAAGAAAACAUAAAAUAUUUGGAAAUGAGGAGGAAAGCUGGUUUUCUGAUCUGCCUGUUCCUUUUGAGCUUUCACAGUUCUAAGAAAAUAGAUGUUGGUUCCUGUUGUGUUUCCCUUUUUUUGCAUGAACGCAAGUGUUCAGCGCAGAUAGUGGCCCAAGUACAUCAUUUCUCUUCCUCAUGGCAAGACAUGGGUAGCAUGUCUGUAGCAGGGCUAAAAACUUAGAUAUAUAAGCUAAGCGCCAAAUGGCUCCUUAAACCAGGGUUACAGUCACCAAAAUGGAAUGCCUAGUUGCCAUUUUUGGGCCAGACAGCUCAAAAGUUGUAUUUUUCAAUACAACUUUUUGGUUCCUGAAAUUCAUUCUGAUUGUGCAGGUAAAAUACAACAAAUAGCAUUCUUCAGGAUGUGUUGUUAGUGUGUGAAAACAGUCAAGAUCCAAGGAUCCCCAACCAUGCACCUCCAGAUGUUGGAGACUUCAGGUGCCACCCUGGGGCCCAGGCAUCUUCACUUGGUCACAAGUGGCUGAUAGCCAGGUGCAAAAUGUGCCUGGCAAAUUUUGAACACUGGUCUGUUGUGGGGCAGCCAGCACCGAUGCUACGAGUUGCUGUGUUUGUGCUGUGGCUCUAUGAUAGGGCUGUGGACAGUACAGUGGUGCCUCGCAAGACUUGCGGUUUUUUCGUCUUGGGAAGCACGGCUAUUAGCAGAUUAGCGGCUUAGCGGCUAUUAACGGCUUAGCGGCUUUAAGAAAAAGGAAACAAACUCGCAAGAACUCGCAAGACGUUUCGUCUUGCGAAGCAAGCCCAUAGGGAAAUUUGUCCUGCGGAACGACUCAAAAAACGGAAAACUCUUUCGUCUUGCGCGUUUUUCGUCUUGUGAGGCAUUCGUCUUGCGAGGCACCACUGUAGUAUUUAAUUGGAAACUUGAAAUGCAGACUUUCAUAUAGGUCAAUUUGGCAGUGUUACUUUAAGAACAAAUUACUGCAGAGUUGCAGAAACCAUAGCCUGCAAUUCCCAGGAAAAUGUUAAAGAUAGCUCUGGUAGGCGUACCAUAUGGCAAUGUACCACUGCUUUUUAGAAUUGCUUAAAUUGCCUGCAAAAGAAACCCUUGUGAAGGAAAAAAAAACCCCACACACCUUGCUUCAGCUCACCAUAUUUCAGUAGCUUGUUGUUUUUUGUUUUCGCAUUGGGUAUCUAAUUUAUUUGUUUAUUAAAUAAUAUAUGUCCAACCCUUCCUCUCAAAGCACCCCAAGGCUGCAAACAAAAAGUUAUAAAACAUCUUAAAAACAAUUCUGACCUAGAUGCAGACAGGGAAAGAUCUCAAAAGUCUUGUUGAAAGAGGAAGGCCUUCAGUAGAUGAUGAAAAGACAACAGAGACAGCUCCUGUCUAAUAUUCAAGGGGAGAGAAUCCCAAAAGAAUAGGUCGGUACUACAACACUAAAGGCCUUGUUCCUGCACUAUGCAGAACUGUACCUUAUGUUAAGAUGGUUUCUGCAGGAGACCCUUACCUGCAGAUUUCAGUGAUUGACUGGGUGUACAAGGGGCGAGGUAAUCUUUCAUGUAUCUUGGUCCUAAGGUAUAUAGGGCUUAAUAAACCCGAAUCAGCACCUUGAACUUAGCCUGGAAGCUAAUUGGUAGCCUAUCUUCCAAGAGCAAGAUAAACUUUCAACUAUGUAAGCCUCAGUGAAAAGCACCAGCAUGCACAGAACUAAGCUUAUUUGCCCAAAACAUGUUUAAUAUAUCUAGAUAAAAUGUACCUGUAGGAGUGAAACUGAUUUUUUAUUAUUAUUUCUGAAUCAUAUCUUUAGGAAGCCUCCAAGAUUAUAGAUUGUUUAAAUGUACAUUUUUAAAAAUCAACUCUACUGCCCCUAUUUUCUCUUAAGGCCUAGGUCUUUGUGUUAAACAAAUUUGUAUGAUAAUGACAUUAAGAUGGAUUCAGAUUCUUAUAUUAUUAUUGCUGUUUUUCACUGCAGAGACACAAUCCCCCCCCCACUAUGCAAACACAUUUCUCUUGUAUAGUAUGUUUUGGAUUUCCAGCAAGCUGCAGACAUUUGCUCACUGAACAGAGAGGUCAAAUGCACAUCACACACUCUUAAGACCACACAAGUGUGAGAUGCUAUGGGAAAGCUCUUGUCAGAUUCUGCUCUCAUUUUGCCUUGUAUGUGGAUACAUGUUAUGCCAUUUAUAUACCUUUUCAGACUCCCUUUGGUGCUGCUUGGAAGCACAUGCUCUUACAUGCAGGAACUCAUGCUUCUGUGCAAGCUAGUUAACUGGAUAUUUUAUGCUUGCUUUUGAAUCUGUUAAUUGCCCCAAGCCUUUAGAACUGUUUAUCCUGUGCUACACCCCCCAUUCUGAUCUCCUCCUUUUGUACAAUAUUGAUUUGAAGGCUUUUAAAAAAAUCUAGAAUAGAAUGGGCUUAUUGUAACUAUAAGCCCUUUGAGUACCCCAUGGUGUGCCUUUUUAAUGUAAAAGAUAAUAGCUAGUCUACUUGCCUCCUUUUUUUAUCAAGCUAUCCCACGGGAGACUUGUCAAGCACUUUUAAAAUUAUAUACAUGGAAGAAGCUGUAAAUGGCCUCUAUGUGAUGGCUCAUCCAUGUUGUUGCAAAAUUGUCCAUGUUGUUGCAAAGUCAUCACAUUGGACAUCGUGUAAUUAUUCUGCAAAGCUGCCAUAGAAUGUGGAAGGAUAUGAAGUGUCAAAGAUGCAUAUCUACAUCAGUAGAAUAAUAUCCACCCCCAGGGCAGCAGGGACAGAGAAGCCACAGGAUGGAGGCUGUUUUCAUCUUUCUCUGUGCCUUCUUAGCAUUUAGCAUGCCAAAGGUAUGCACUUAAUCAACAAUGGUAAUGUAUAGGCCAUGUUGACAAGCUGAGCUGAUGUCUUUCCUAAUGGUUCAGAGUAAGCAUCACUUUCUGCAUUAUGCUACCCCUGUGUGGGGGCGGGGGCGGGCAGGGAGACACCUUAUGCAAUUUAUUUCAUAUUUAAUGGUGCACAUGUUUUUCAUCCCCUAAUUGUCUAGGAAGACUCUUAUAGAAUGCAUUUCUAAGACAGUAAAAUAUUUUUUUGUAAUUAUUCCCCAAAUACAGCUUUUUCCUUUCUCUCGCUGUACAGUGGAUGCUCGGGUUGUGAACGUGUCCCGUGCGGGAUGCACGUUCACAACCUGCAGCGUCUGCAACCCGCAGUGGCGCGUCUGCGCACGCACAGGUUGCGAUUUGGCGCUUCUGCGCAAAGAGCGAUUUAGUGCUUUUGCGCAUGCGCAACUGCUGAAACCUGGAAGUAACCUGUUUCGGUACUUCCGGGUUUCGGUGGUCCGAAACCCGAAAAAACGCAACCUGAAGCAUCUGUAACUUGAGGUAUGACUGUAUCCGAAUAUUAGUCUUAAACACACCUACCCAUCAGCCCCAUCUCUGUCACUGAGAACAAAUACUUCUAGUCUUAGAUUUUAGUGAAUUGUUAACCCUGAGUGAACAGAGGUCAAGUUUUCUGCUUGGGGAUUUGUUUACUUUUCUCCUUGGGGAAAUAUUUCUCACUAGAGAGUUGUCACCAGUUAUUUGGAAUCAGUAUGUGAAACUUCCCAUGUCUCCUCACCUCCUUGGUCCUAUAGACGUCUUAGUUUGCAGAGCCCUCCUGCCACGCCAGCACCCAUUCCCAGCAAACAUUUCUGUUUUAUCAACUUUGGAGAGCGGUGCAUUGAUUUAUUUGCUUUUUUCCAUGUUUUCAACAAAAGGCUGUUGAGUCAGAAUGUGCGCGCAGAAUUUCUGUAGGCAGAAAGAUUCUCACAAAUCAGAAGUUGCCUUAUCUUUGGCAAACAGUGAAGUCUGUGAUGAAAGGUUAUAGGCUGGGGGUACAGAACCCUUUUGGCUACAUGGGCCAGAUCCUUAUGAGGAUCUGCUUCGUGGGUCAAAUUUGGCAGGUGGGCCACCCACAAACCUUUUCACUCCAAUCUUAAAGGGGGUAGGGGCAACCUCCCACUUCUUUUUGAAGUAACGAGGAUGGCAAUUGGUAGGUAGGUGGGCAGAGAUUCAGGGAAUUGUCAUUGUGGACUAAGUUAAAUUCCCUCACUUGAUUUUCCUUACCCCUGCUAUAGAGAAGUCAUUGCCAGUUGGGGGCAGGGCUGCUGGUAACAUUCAGAUUUUAAAGAACAGUAUGCACCACCUUUUUAUAUUGGUAGCCUUGUUUCUAGUGAUAGCCAGAGGUUUCUUCCAAGUUGAUGGGAGAAACAAAGAGCAUUGGAAAGUAUUCCAGGAUUGUCUGCUUAAAUAUAACAAUUUGAUCAUUUUGGAAAUCAUACCUCCAGGCAUCUUCUUGAGAAGAAUGCGAUUGUCCAGGCUACCAUGGUGGUCCAUUAAUAGGCAUAGAUGUGUGUCCAAAUUCUAGUUUUGAUUGAGCUUUGGUAAUUAAUUCUCUACCAGUCUAUAAAAGUAGAAUAAUAAUGCCCUGCUCACCUGGAAGCUCAAAGGGUUAGUAAGAUUAAAAUAAAGCAAUACUUUGCACAGUGAAAGAGCUGCAGAAAUGAAGAAAAUAAUAAGUUGGUUAAAACACUAAAUGUGAAUUAUUGUUGUCAUUGGAAGAAUUUCUUUCUCCUUUUGAACGUUUUUAGCCAACAUUUGAUCUCUGGUAAAUUAGUUGCUCGGAAUUCUUCCUUAUUGGACAUAAAAAGGAAAGUUGUAUAGAUCAUGCUACUUUUGCCUCCAAAAGGACCUGGUUCUUCCUUUCACCCUUGUGUAAGAGCUAGAAAUACUUUUUGCAGAACAAACCUAACUAUGUUUUCCUGAACAUCUGGGAAAGGUAGAUAUUUUCCAGUCCUUGGAACAGCAAUCUGGGAUGUCCAGAAGAGGAAAUCUGGGAUGAAGAGGAAAUUUUUGAAAAAUUUGUUUUGUCGCUCUUUGUCUUCCUUAAUAAUUGGCAGGUUUCAUCUUAUGCCGUAGCUUUUAAGAACAUCACAAUUCACAAGUGCAGUUUUACUUGAAGUCUGCUCUAACAUCUGUUUUUCUGUUCUAACAUUUUCAUCUUGUGUUUGGCUUUAGAAGUUUAGGGAUUUGCCCCAGGCUGGCAGAUUCGCUUUCUGUGUGUUCCUCUUUUUGAAAGCUGUCAGAACCCAUAGAGACUAAUAAAGCAUGAAAACUUAAAUAGAAAUUCUCCAUUUACCCUGAGUGCAUUAACUUCUCUAGAAGUUAAUAUUGUCACAAUGUAUAAAUUCUUCUGCAUUCCUUUUCAAAUGAUUUACAUUUUGUUGUAUAAUUCCUAAAUCACAUACGCAGCUUGUGCAGACAUAAUGUUGACUCCCUCUUAACUGCAAUUAAGAAAUCAGGUGCCGUUCUUGAGAAUGCAUGUUCCCUUCUCAGGAUGGAAUACUUUCCUGUUCCCUAACAUUAACUAUGGUUUCCAUGCAAUACUGGUCUGAAACCAGCUGUAAAAGGUGAUCUGGUUAAACAGGGUUCUUGGUUAGUCUUGGCAGCACUUGGUGUUAUUCUGGAAUAUCUUGGUGUUAUUCUGGAAUAUCUGAGUUUGGGGCCAGUCAGGUUUGUGUUAGAUGGCCAAUUCAACAAUUUCAUGCCAUCCAUUUUUAAACCCUUUCUUUGCUGCAACUUAAGAAUUAUGAAAUUCAUUGCUGUAUAGAAAGCUGCUUUACAGAGUCAGGCUAUUGCUUAAUCUAGUACACUAUUGCAUGGUCUGACUGGGAGUUUUAACCAGCCCUACCUGGAGAAAUACUACUACUACUACUACUAAUAAUGAUGAUGAUGACGCCCCACCCAUCUGACUAGGUUGUCCCAGCCACUCUGAGCGGCUUCCAACAAAAUAUAAAAACACGGUAAGACAUACAUCAGCAUUAUAAAUUCCCCUUGUGGUUUGAACCUUGGACUUUCUGCAUGGAAGGCAGGCGAAUGCUUCACCACUGAAUUAUGUGUGGUUAUGUACAGUACUUGCCCCAUGUCGCUCCUUUGGGUUCUGGCAACCUGUCGCCAAUCCUCCCCUCCUAUCCCCAUGGCAUUUACGCACACCACUUACCUGGUUUUAUAAAUUGUUACUACCCAUGAGAGCACCCCCCCAUCCAUAUUCAAAGGCAAAAUGACUGCUAGAGACAUAUGGGAGUGGGGGUGAUAAUAGGAAAUGUCCAAGCAGAACACCUUGCUAAUUAUGGCUGGAGACAAGAGUGCUGGGAUUGAUAGAGCAACACUUUCUUAUGAUGAAAUUUGCAUAUGUGGACCAACCUUGCUGCCUAGCUGGAAGCUGUGGGUAGGUAGGUAUUAGAGAAUCAUAUUACUAAGGUUUUUUUAAUGUAGGCUAUCUUUACUCUUAAGCACUACAAAGCAAGAAGUACUUAGCUGCUAUGAAUACUGCAAAUUAACCAACUCUCAACAAGCCUUUGCUUAAAUGGUGUUUUUCUAGUGACGAGGUUCUUAAUGAAUUUUCAUUGAAUUUUCAAGAUAAUCUAACUAACUUUGGCUUGUUACUUUAUCACUUGCUGCCAGCUGACUCUGAAUUUAGAGUACAAACAUGCAUUAGAAGAGCUUUCAUAAAUCUAGCUUCUACUUUUUACUACUUUGUUCACAUUCAGUUUCCCAUACAUCAGAAUUUUGGCUACUUGUCCAGCCAUUAAAGCCUAAGGGCAAAAGAUUCUUGUCAAGGUCCACAGUGUAUAUAAUACCUGGGAAACCCAGUGGAAUUAUCAAUUAGCUGGGCUUACUGUGCACCUGUGCCUUUUGCAGUACUACGAUGAAGCUGGCUAGCGUUUCAUUAGCAUAUUUUUGAUGCUGUAGCUAAGUCAAUGGAAGAAGGGUCUGUAUAAAAUAAUAAGUUUGCAUCUGUUCAGAGAAUUGUCAUCUUCUGGGUGGAGGGAAAGUGAAUGUGUGGGCUCUCAGCAGAUGGCUGGAAAGUAGUGGCACAUUCUUCAUUAUAAAAAUUAUUUUAGUGGGAAGUAGUUCAUAAAUAGGUUGCAAGGUCCAAUUUUGCAUUAAUCACUGCAUCUGAGUUCCUUUGAAAAAUCUUUAUCUUAACAGCAAAUACAGUUCUCUAGUUCUGGCAAGGUACCAUGAAACAUUAAGAUGUUUCAGAUGUAAUACCAAAUUAUAGGUUGGUAUUACUUAAAAUAUAUGUGCAAGUGAAGCCAUAUGCUCAUGUACUCCCUUUUUCCCUUGGGCUCAAAAAACACACAACUUCCUCUUUAACGUAAACUGUACAGUAGUUGGUUAUUACAUCUCAGCUGUCUGCUCUUGCUCUUUAAACCAGGAAUUGUGUAUAUUUCACCUUUCCUCCAAAGACCUCAAAGUGGCAUACAUGGUUCUCUACCGUUCCCCCAUAUUUUUUCCUAAACAACAAUCCUGCAAUUCUAAGGUGGGUUAGUUUGAGAGGUGGAUCAUGAUUUCUAGAUAACCCUGUCUUUAAUAACUCUGUUCUAUUUACAAGCACAAUAGCAAAUUAUGUUUAAUAACUGAGGAAUCCCAGUGGCAACAGCAACAGCCUUUUGCAGAAAUUUAACGUAAGUUCCUGUUUAGGCUACUUAGAUUGCAGUCCUAAACACAUUACAAGGAAGUAACACAGUAGGACUUGCUUCUGAAUAAGCAAACAUAAGAUUGCGCUGUUAGCAUCUUCUUGUAAAAAUGCAUUGAUAUUUUAAAGUGUAAUGAAGAGUCUGCCCUACUUCCUUAAUUCUUUGUAUUGCUUCUGCUUUGAGAUAAUAUCCUGUUGUUCUGUGUCUGAAUGUGUCGACUUCAUCUUCACUGGCCACUCAACCCUUUCCUUAUCUUUGCAGUUAUUUCCUUCUUCCUGGCUGUUUGUUUUGUCUCUUUCCUCUUUGCACCCCCUUUUUAUAGGGUGCUGCCCUUGUGUUUAAAUAGUCUUAUGUUCCUUCCUUUGAGAUCAUUCAGUGUUUAUGUUCUCUGUGUCAAUGCAGUGAAUGAAUUUUGAACUAUUCAGGUCACAUUCACACCAUACUUUUAAAACACAUUUAAAGCACCACAAUUCCCAGCACCUUGAACAAACUAUAGUUCAAUAUUUGUUUGGAGGAAACAAUGUGCUUUAAACAUAUGGUGUGGAUGUGACUUGAGGACAGUGUAUUUUGCUGAAUAGGGAAGGUGUCUUAUGUUCUUUAAGACUCUUAGUGUUUUGUCAUGAUAAUUUAUAUAACAUUCUUCAAUGCACUAGUUCUUGUUUAUUUUCAGCUAUGUCAUUAUUUUUCGUAUUUUCUUUUUGAGGAGCAAGCUACUCUUGUUGCAUGAAGUCAGUGAACAAAGCUACCCUCCUUUGCUUCAUGUUUGAUGGUGUGAUAUUUAUAGCUGUGUUGUGCUGUGGUAAGAGAGAAUGUGCUAAAAAUAUGCAUACAGUAAAAUAUUAUCGAGUAUUCGGUUGGAUUCCUAAGACUGGAUUGUGCUUGGCAAAAGAGACCCUUCACAAAAGCAAAGAAAGAUUUAGAGCUUAGGCUUCCUUUGGCUGGUUUGUUUAGUUUAUUCAAACAUUGCUGAAUAGUUCCCAGCAACUUCUGCCGCAUUUGCAUGUUCUGCUGAUUUUCGGUGUGAAGUCUUCUGGUGUGUGAAGGCUCAUCAACAUGAGAGGGAGAGACAUUGUUAGGAAUAAAUUAAUAUUUCCACGUUGUCAAGGAGGUACAUGGUAUUCAGCUAGCAUCUUACUUCACUUCAAGAAAACGACUUGCAUAUAAUGAAUAGUAGCAACACUAAGGUAUUUAUUUCAGAGUAGCCCUUUGCCCUCCUGCAGUGACUAUUGUAUCCUUGCCUAUUUUAUUGUGUUUUUAAUAUAUUGUAAGCAGCCUCAAAACUUUGGGUAGUGGUUGGGGUAUAAAUACUCUUAAAUAAUAGUAAUAAAAUAAGAAAUGAGACUUUAGUAUGACUAAAAAAUAAGAAAAAAUAAUUGAGAUGGGAAUUUUAAUGUGGAAGGAAAGUUUGCUGAUAUAUUGAAUCCCAUAUUAAUAUAUGGGAAAACUAGUGGCAAACUGAAGUAAAGCACUAAAUCAGGCUUUUUCAACCUCGGCCCUCCAGAUGUUUUUGGCCUACAACUCCCAUGAUCCCUGGCUAGCAGGAACAGUGGUUAGGGAUGAUGGGAAUUGUAGUCUCAAAACAUCUGGAGGGCCGAGGUUGAGGAAGCCUGCACUAAAUUGUAGUAGUAGUAGUAGUAGUAGUAGUGGUGGUAGAUUAACUAUGGUUAGCAGAAUAAUAGAGUACAAGAUCACUGCCUUGAUUAAACUGAUUAUAAAGUAACAGAUUAAGAACUGGUAAUCAUGGCAGGUUUCAAAGAUAGAACAAUAUUAUUAUUAUUUUUUACCGACUCACUGAUUAAUAAUAUUAGUCCCUCAAGAACAGUUAACAAGGGGGUUGUAGGUUGCUAUGGUAUUUAAAGGAAAAUUUUAAAUACUUCAUUGCAUCUGUUUUGUUGAAUCUGUUCCUAAUAAGGUUCAGAAAAGAUUAGUCAAAAUAUUGAAGGUGUUGGAGCAUCUUUCCUGUAAGGGAAAGGUUAAAGAAAAAUGACUAACUUGGAGUAAGGGGAGAUGAAUGAUUUACAAAUGUGUGAAUGGCAUGUAGAAAGUGAAUAGAUUUUCUGAAAGUGUUGCCCAGAUUCAGGGCACACUUCCAAAAUUUAUAACAUAAUAUGGAAUUUUCUGCUACAAGAUGUAAUGAUAGCACUGACUUAGAUGGCCUGACUAAUUCAUGGGUGAUGUACAAGGCCCCAUCCACUCUGGAUUUGUGUAGGGUUCACUCCAUAGCCUUUUCUUCUCCCAAAGAUAUCCCACAUGGCAGCAGGGGUUUAGGAUCAGAGUUUUUCUUCUAGAUGGGCUCCCUUCCCAAGUUGAUGAGCCCCAUCUGCCCAUCACUUCCCUGUACAGUACAUACAGAAAACACCUUCUUGACCAUUGGACCCACUAUUGGUCUUGUCCACUCAAUCCACCGGAGCUUGUCUUCAAACACAGGGGAAGCCACUAAUUCAUUGAGCAUUUGAGACCCAUCGGCUACCCUCACUUCUUUAGCUGGCCAGUUGAAGCAGUUUCCCAGGGUGUGGCCGCAGUCACCUGCUGAUAGCUUCUAGGAGCCACAGGUGAGAGCUGAGUGCAAGGUGAGGACAAAAUGUGGGCAAACUACCCCAGUCGGAGCACAUUGUGUACCCCAUCAGAGGUAACCCCCCUCCCCUAACACCCCAAUAUCACCUAUGCUCCUGCAGUCUAGGCAACAGCUAUAGCAUUCAGCUGGCGGAGUGGAAAGUGUCCUGAAGAAAACAAAUUUUUGUUACUCAUAGGAAAUGUAGGGCCUACAGCAUCCUAACCAUUUUUUCUCGCAUGCAUUGCUGUGAUCAUUUUUUGUUUUUUUUAAAAACCCCACAGCAUCUUCUGUACUACAUUGCCAUCACUGUACAAAGUUCAAAGAGCAAGGCUCCAGAGAACUACUCUGUGGUUGUCCUUCAAUUAUGUGCCUUUCUUAGAUGUCUGAGCUUGCUGGAAGUAUUGCAAGACUUUCUUGGAUGGGGUAGCCUUUAAUACCCAGAAUUAUGCAUGAGUAGGUGUGCUGAAUGAUCUUUUUUAACACACAUACACAGCCCUUGCUAAAAAUGAAUAUACAGUUUUUUUCUUUUAUGAAGCUUGAGAGGAAGAGGGGUAGAAAUGUAAAUAAACCAUUUACCCCAAGGCAACUUUGGGUUCAGUAUGCUAAUGAUUAAACCUAGCUAUGACAUCAGGUGUUCAAUUUUCUUUUUCAAAGAAGGAUGAACUCAUAGGAUUUUCAAAUAUUUUUCAGAUCUGCAUAGGGCUAGCUCCUAAAACUCAGAAUCCCCUCCCAUUUCUGAAGACAGUCAAUAUUGUAUGUUUACAGAGGAGUGUGCACAUAACAGUGUGUGUGCGUUAUAAGCAAACCACAAUGACACGUUUCCUUCCUUCCUUCUCCUACUUUAAGAUUAGCGGAUCAAAAGGUGUAAAAGGCAUUGUGUGUAGAAGGUAUUUGGGGUAUCGCAAAUGGCACCAGCACAGGCCUUCCCUGUUGCCGACAGGGCCGCCUCCUCAUUGAUUUAAAUUAAUUAGGAUUAACGUCAGUCCUGAACUUCCACUGCUUUGCGGCUAUCGUUAUUCAUGAGAAAGGCUUUGGGAGUAAACCCUGACAAAAAAUCCAUCCUCACUGCCUUGUGGGACAUCUCUGGGAGAAGGGAAGGCUAAGGAGUAAACCCUGCACAAAUCCAGAGUGAUGGGUUGUUAUUCAGUUAAUUGUCUCCCAGUAUGAUAAUUUUAAUGCAUUUCCCCCCUGCUCUUUUAUUGUUUUUUGCCUGUUUUUAUUAUGCAUGUCUAGUUUUAACUAAAUCACCAUGGAAAUAUUCACUGAAGGGCAGUAUACUAAUUUAUUACACAAAUUCAUUAACUAAAUAGUGCAUUCUCCAGAGCAGUAAACCUUAAUGUUAGAAAAGUGUCUCUGAAGAUAUAAAAAACAUACAGCCUGAUUAAAGAUUUUGGAACAAGACAAACCAUGCCUCAGGUGACUCUGUCAACGCCGUUGACUUGUUCCUUUCUGUCUGUCCAAUGCUAUGUGUUUGCUUAAUUCAUUGUGUUUGCUUUGCUAAGGGGAUUAGUUGUGUCAAAUUUCACUGCUCGGGUAACCUAUGCUGAAGUCCCAAAAACAAACUUAUUAAAGCUUGUGCCUCUAUAUUUUUGGUGACACAAACUAGAUUACUUCUUUCAAAGUUGCAUAACUUGCAUGUAUGUUAUGGUUGUUCAGGAGGAUCAGAAGGGAAUGUUGGAAAAAUAUCUUCAUUAGAAUUUACUUCUUAGUUAAUUAAUUUACCUGAUCCCCUGAAAAGGUGUUAGUAGGUUCAGUAGACUUUAGGGUUCCUCUGAUUUAGUUGACAACAUAUUGGACUUCCUAUUCUACCACCUAAAGAUUUCUGAGUAAAUUGUACUCCUUGACCAAAAAGAAAGACACUUACUAUUUUUAUCCCUGCCUUCCCGCCAUAUUGGAACCAACAUGUUCGGAAUAGAAUUUUAACAAAAUUAACCUUUUGCAUUUGAACCUUUGUCAAAACAAUUGUUCAAAGUUUAGUUGUUCUUGUAUGCCUUUCAGUAUGUUGCUGUUCUGUGGUUAAACUGUGGUUAACACAGGGCACCUUGAACGUUACUGUUUCUUGUAUGUAGAUGUAUUCCUCUACAUCUUUGAAGAAAUGGGUCCAAAGAGGACUAAAAUAGAAGGGAGAGAUAUUUGAAAGGAAAUGUUAUAUGAGUAGCUCAAAGCAGAAGGUAGUCAGAUAGUAUUGCACUGAUGGAUCACUAGCCAAUUUCCAGUGGACCUCUGUACACUCGCUGGUUGCUGAGAUUUGUAAAAAAAGAAUGUUGACUUUCAUGUAAACUUUCACUUGAACUAGCAACACACUUCUUAUAUUUUUACACAAGAGUACAGAUUCAAGAUCACUUAACCUAGAUUAAUUAUGGCUUCACUGUUAAGAGAUCCUGCAUAAUCUUCCUUCCUUUGUAAAUUUAAGGGCUGCAUGUGAAUGGCAGGAUUUGUGUAGACCUUUCCAUUUGAUCAGUGUUCUAGAUGGAAUUGCAGCAUGGAGAAGUAGCUCCUAUGCUGGCUAUUUGACUGUGUGACGGAAGUUUAUGUCAUCUGUGUUUUUGCUAAUCUCAUGGAUCCCCCCCCCUCUUGUGGUAUGUAAUAAGGGUGUACACCAUGUUUCCAAGCAUGCAACAGAUUAGUCACACAGCCAUCUUAUAUUUUGUGGGGAGGGGAGAAGACAUUCUAACUCAUAAGAAUUUUAGUGUAAGAUUAGGGGAUCAUUCUGUGAACCUGUCUCUCUCUUUCCCCAGUACGCAAGAUUUUCUGAAACCAAAAAAUUUCCCUCCUUUUGCAGUGGUAGCCGCUCUUCUAAAACUUUUAAACCAAAGAAGAAUAUUCCAGAAGGCUCUCACCAAUAUGAGCUGCUGAAACAUGCAGAGGCCACUCUUGGAAGUGGCAACCUACGGAUGGCUGUUAUGCUGCCUGAGGGUGAAGAUCUAAAUGAAUGGGUUGCAGUGAACAGUAAGUAACAUGACCUUUUCCCCCUGUAUGCUUUUUGAGCAUUAAUAUUGACUGAUAAAGCUGGGUGGGGGGGGGGGAUAGGGGAGGCAUGAGAGAUUUGACAUUCAUUCCCCUGGGAGGGUAAUGGUUAAAUUUAUUUCUGCAUACUUACCUCCGGAAAUCACUCUUUUUAGAAUGGUUGAAUGUGCCAUGAUGUAACUGCAGCCAGUACGAUGUAGUGGUUUGAAUGUUUGAAUAGAGCCUGGCAGGUCAGGGUUCAAAUCCCCACUGGGCUCCCUGGCUGACCUUGGGCCAGUUAGUGUCUCUCAGCCUAAUAAUCAGCCUCACAGGGUUGUUGGAGGGAUUAAAGGGCAAGCAGGAGAACUAUGUAUGCCACCUUGAGCUCCUUGGAGGACAAAAAAGGUGGGAUAUAAAUUAAUAAAUCAAUUCUAUAGGACAGGUGGUAAGCAAAUCAAAACUAGAGUUGGUAGGUUAGAAGAAAUUGUGUGCAUGGGAUACUACAUGAAUGUGUACUGUCCACUAUUGACUGUUUACAGAGGUAUACCAAAGUAGAAAGAAAGCAAUAGUGAACUAAACCAACUCACCUUAGCUCUCAUGCAUGCUUGGAGGACUUGGGACAGAGGCAAGUUCUUACUUUUCGGGUUCCCAGAAAAUAAGACAGAAAGGAAAACUUCAAGCAGCAAAAGAGAGACCCCUGUUGUUUCCUUCAUUCGUUGACAGCACAAAUCUGGUGAGGUGAUCUAUAUGCUCCCAAGUGUACUGCUUACCAGGAGGUCAGAAGCACUCACUGUAGUUAGGUGGCAAGUAGGUUUGUAGAUGCACAGUUUGUGACUCACCAAUUUGAAUGCAACUCACCAGGGACUGGGACUUUCUGGGUUUUCCCCUUGUCUGGAACUGCACAAAGGGGAAGCAAUUGGAGGCCCUAGCAAGCUGCAGCAAAUGGCUAAUUGUCUCUGUCCAGCUUGAUGGAUCACAAAUUCUCUAGGUCUGAUAUGGUACCAGCUGUGGUCUGUCUGUUCUUUGAGCAGAAGAACUGGAUUUUACAGUGUUGUUUAUCACAUGUGGCUGCAGAAGUGUCUUGGGCUCGAAGACUUGCCAUGUUCCCUGGGGAUUUUCCAUACUGGUUUCUUUAAAUUUCAGCUGUUCUUCUUGAGAGAAAUGUCACCACUGUUUUUAGCAAACAUUGAAAGCUGAUAAAAGCCUAGUAAGUUCGACUCCCCCAGAUUCCAUCUACAGCUGUUUUGCUGUACAGUCAUGCCCUUCCACAGCUGAAUUAAGAUAUCAGUUGUUAAAAUAUGAUGAUUAUUUAUUGAAUUUAUAUACCGCCCUAUACCCGGAGGUCUCAGGGCAGUUACAGAAUAAAAUCAAAAUAUAAAAACACAAAAUACAUAAUGAAAAUAAAAACAACAACCCAGUUACCUCUCCCCCCCCAAAAAAACCCCACCACCCACAUUUUAAAAGGGCAUAGGGUGUCAAUCAAAGCAACCAAAGGCCUGGUUAAAAAGGAACAUUUUUGGCUGGCGCCUAAACGUAUACAUUAUAAUGAAGGCGCCAGGCAAACUUCCCCGGGGAGAGCAUUCUACAGACAGUCUUUUGUUUUUGUGGAAAAUAUUGUGUCACAAAAUCUAGAUGGAAAACUUUGAAUGAAUAACUGCAUCUUGGGAUAAAGGAUUGAGCUAUGGUUUGGGAAGACCCUGGUUUGAAUCUUGCCUCUGCCAUAAACUCAAUAGGUGGUCUUAGGCAAGCUCUGCUCUCAUGUUCUGCUCUCAGCCUCAACUGCCUGCCCCUCUAGCUGCAGUUUGGAGGUAAUAAUACCAACCUUUCUUAAAGUGUCCUUUAUAAGGACUGCAAGAUUAUGGUCCAGUUAACACAUAACACAGAAUAAAAUUGCCAGUAUCAUAAUGCCCUUAUACGAGCACAGCUGUGUGAAAAAAAAUUAAAAAUUCAGAACAUAGGAACUUUUAAUUCCUGUGUUCCUUGACUGGAAUUGAAGGGCAUGGAAGGAUCUGUCAGUCUUGCUGAAUGGAGGAGGCCAUGAUCUCAAUAGCAGUUUAAUGACAGUGACAUUGAAAUUGUCAUAAUUUGACUUCCCAGACAUCACCCAAUUAGAUUGUGGAAGGCCACAAAUCCUUUUGUGCUGCUGCUCUGUCUGCAGCCAAACUAAAACAAGACAAAUUGCACAGCUGUUCCUGUUUACAAGGCCAAUCUUCAAAUACAAGUCUGUAAAUGGCAUCUUGAAAGAAGGGUGCUCAGCAUUUUUCAGGAUUUGGAGUAGGGCAAUCUAGUAAUAGAUUUGGUAUUAAAUGGGGCAGGGGAGUGCAACCCUGUUGCUUUUUGAUAGCUUAAUGGCUUUUGACGCCAUGGUUUCCUAGUGGGCCAACUCUCUGGGUUGGCAGUAGGAGGUCCUGUGCUUUGGUGGUUCCAGUCUUAUUUAUAAGGCUAGAUUCAGAAUAGUAUUGGGUGACUGUACCUCAGUCCCUUAGCAGUUAUGCUUUGGGGUACCACAGGGUUCAACCUUGUCCCCAGUGUUGUUUAACAUCUAUGUGAAGCCAUUGGCAGUGGCCAUGCUGCUCUACUUCUCUUUGACAUCUGAGUCAAGUGUGGACGUGCAGGUCCUGGAUCAGUGCAUGGAUCUGGUGGAAUGGGUGAGGGUCUACAAGUUGUAACUGAAUCCUGAUAGGUUCAAGUGACGGUGGUAGCUAGGAUCACCUUUUACCAGCUUCAGCUAGUGUGUCAGCUGCACACAUUCCAGGACAGGAUAGCAUGGUGGAAGCACAACCAUGUUUGGAUAGCCUCAAUAUUUCGCUACCAUAGUGUGGUGUAUGAAGAACUGCCCUUAAGGUUGGCUUGGAAGCUGCAGAAAAGGGAGACUAACCAUGAGUACAAUAUAUAACAUCACUUUUGAAAGAACUGCACCAGCUGCCAGUUUGCUGCCAAGCCAAGUUUAGGGCCUUUAAAAAAUUAGGACCUGGGUACUUGAAGAAAUGCAUUCUCCCACAUAAAUCUGCCCAUAGACUGAGAUAUUUGGGUGAAGUCUGCAUGGUCAACUUAGUGACAAUGGACUGUUUCUGUUACGGCACACAGUUUAUGGAAUCGUCCCCCCUUUAUUAAGUUUUUGCACAACUUCAUUAAGUUUCUGGUGCAUCCAGGCAUUUGCUGGUUCUCAGUGCCACCCUUUUAGUAUAAUUUGGCUGGUUUUGUUGUGAUUUUUGUAUUCUGCUGUAUUUUAAUAUAAUGUUUUAUGCCAACCUGGCAGUUCGAAAGAGUAACAGUGUGAAUAGAUAAAUAGGUACCGCUGCGGAGGGAAGGUAAACUGCGUUUCCAUGCGCUCUGGCACUCAUGGUGUUUUGUGUGCCAGAAGUGGUUUAGUCAUGUUGGCCACAUGACUCGGAAGAGCUGUCUGCAGACAAACGCUGUCUCCCUCAGCCUGAAAGCGAGAUGAAUGCCACACCCCAUAGUUGAAUUUGAAUGGGCUUCACCGUCCAGGGGUCCUUUACCUUUUAUGAGAAACAUGUUUGUAUUGUUGUGAGUCUCCCUGGUAUUACUGAUGAAGAUAUAGAAAUGUUAUAAAUAAAUGAUAAAGCAGUCAACAGAAGGAACUUUGCCUUCUUAGCAUUGCUUUGGUAGAUAAACUCCAGACAGAGAUCCUGAUACCAUAGACGAGGAACGACCAAGCAAGGGAUGUAAAGGUAGCAAAGCAUGUUAAGAGAUGAGGUAGACACUGAGGCAUUGAUGUGUGUUUAGCAGUUGUAGAUUGUUUGACUCUAGGGAUCCUAUUUCACUGGAAGGAAUGGAAAGCCAGAGGAUUGCAUAUUUGUACUUUCACCACUUUUAACAAACAUAGAUUAUAUAGUUUCAAAACCAUUUUAGUACACUUAUCUUGUUAUGCGAGUCUUUCUGGAGGUCUUAGUCUGUUUUCUGACUGGCAUUUCCUUUGUAUAGUAACAUAUUAAACACAGCAGAGUACUUUUGCUGAGAAGCUGUGUGGAUGGUCUAGCUUGCAACUGAAAGCACACACUUUUUAUCUGCCAAAUUGAAAUUGUUCCUAUUUUUUAUAUAUACAGCUGUGGACUUCUUCAACCAGAUCAACAUGCUUUAUGGGACAAUUACAGACUUCUGCACAGAAGAGAGCUGCCCAGUGAUGUCUGCAGGUCCAAAGUAAGAAUGCUAGUUAUGCAACUUUGAAACUAUGAGAUAUAAAAUACUUGCUGUUUUUCAUUUUUAAUUGGGUUUUAAACAAUGAUAAUUGCUACUCUUAGUAAGUUAAAAACCUGAAAUUUUAUUUACAAAGAAGCUGAAGUUCUGUGUUUCAUGUUUUUGCUUUUAGCCUGAUCGAAUUCUUUACAGAUUUGUUUGGUGGUGGGAGGUCAAUGAAAGUGUGAGUGAGAGCAGAGCAGGAGGAAUUUAAUAGUCCUGAAGGCCAUGAUCUGACCUUGAACUGCUGAAUUGCAAAUAUUGCCGGCAUGUUUUUCAUCUCUACAACCCUGAGAACUGGAAACCCUUUUUUAUUUUAAAAAUGAUAGUGAUUAACUCCGAUUUCCAGCUACCUAAGGUAGCCCACUAGAUAAUCCCUUUUCCACAACUACAACUGCUUCAACAGCACACUUGCCUGAAGCUUGGUAACUGGGAUUAAGCUGGGUUGGCUCAGGGUCCUCUAUUUGCUGUCUCCUACCCAAAGCAGUGUUGUUAAGACAGGAGAGGACCAUUAAAUAUAUGUGUCUGUAUAGGCCCCCCCCUUUUGUUUCCCCUUUACAUAUAUAUAUAUAUACAUACAUAUUUAGUUGCCUUGUCCUUUUAGUUCUACUUAUGCGUCUGGAAAUAGCAUGAUCUGUCUCUGUUUCUCUGUGUCUUAAUAUAUCUUGACGACUGGUUGAAUCAGAGUUGUUUGGAUGCAGGGUUUUAUUUUCAGUACAGAAACCUUGAUUAAAGGACUUUUCUGAUCUCUUCCAAAUUUAUUAGCUGGCAAAAGCUGAACAUGGUUAAAAAUGAAGGCGGAUAUGUAAAUCUUUUACUCACAGACAUGUUAUUACACUGGCACCGUUUGCAAUAAGAGGCAAUGGUUGCCUCUUAUUCACUACAAUUAAGCAGCUGUUUUUCUUGGGUUAGCUAUUCAGAUGCCACGUGCAAGCAUAACAUUUCACUAUCAGUCGCUUUCCUUAAUUAUUGUGUCCGAAAGCCACUGUUUAGAGAAAAGAAUGGCCACAAGCUAGGAUAUGUAACUGGUUUGAAGUGGGUGUGCAGACCUUGGUUAAUACUGUAAUCUUAUGCACACAUAACUUGGAAGUAAACUGCACUUGAACUUACAAGGUGCAAAACAGGCUUUACUGGUCUCUCUUUAUGUACAAUUUGGUUGUCUAACAGUUGCAGAUUUGACAACCCUGAUGUACGCUAUGGGAUUUGAUGGCUCCUCCUAACCAUUUCAACUCCCCUGACAACUGGUCUGUCUCCAGCCCAAAAUGUUCCACAUGUUCUGAAGCCAGUUUCUGGCAUUCAUUCAGAUCUUCCUAUUUUGUUCAGCUGAUAGAUUUCUGAAAAUUUUAAAUGGGUGAAUAUAGGUGCGAGGUACCAGUUUCCAAAGUGGCCCUCCAUGCUGAAUAUCGAUGCAAUACAGAAGAAAGUGGCUUUAGCAUUUAUUGUUUUACUCGGUUCUUGUGGAAUACAUAACUGUUUUAAUGGAUUUUUUUCAAAUUUUGGUUGCAUAUCGUUACUGCAUUGGCUCAAAAGAAGCCAAUUCAUAGUUUCCUACCGUAAGAUCAAAGAGUUCUGAAAACAUUGCUUAAUUACAGUGUUCUGGUUCAUAGAUACAUUGAAGCUCUCUCCAUGGGUGUCUUGUGUUUGAUUUGUUACACUGUUGCUUGCUAUCCUGGAAAUGUGUGCUGAGCUGAAAUACAGUAGUUUCACUCCAAACAAGAGAAAGAGAAAAUUUGACGGAGCUGUGCAUAAUAUUAAGAUUAUCAAAAAGAAGGCUGUAUAAGGAGGCUGUGGAAGGGAUCAGAGACCAGGUUCUGGAAUAAUUAAGGUUCAUGGCUGAAUGUUUUCUGUUUUACUAUUCCACUUAAUGUGUCAUUUGCAUCAGUUAAGCUAUAUGCAAUACUGUACCAUAAUUUUAAAUCCAAUGCUAUUAAAGUAUAAAACUAGACUGUCAGCUUUAGAUUAAAAAGGAGUAGAACAUGAAUGAGUGUGUUUAAUGCACGUGUUACUUAGCUUCAAAAGUUCUGGAAUUAAAAAGCAUUUCAUGAGCUAAGGGCAUGGCUGUAUCGGGGAAGAACUUGCCUCUGGCUUGAGAUACUAUGAGGUUUGGGGCAUUGUAACAUAGUUAGCACAAUAAUUCUCCUUGAACCAUAGUGCCUGCUGGUUGUAGGGAUAGCUUUGCAAAAUGCCAAUUAUGUCACGUCUUAUAUAGUGAUACCAUAAUCACUCUAAUUCUCAUGUGUGUAUAUUUGGAUGCCAGCCAACUGGUUCUCAGUGCCCGGGGGGAAUUUGUUCCUGUGCUAAUCACUUUUGAAACUGAGGAGACUUGUGUAUGGGGAAGGGGUUAAAAGAGAGAAGAAUUCUCUUGAGCAUUUCCAGGCCCUUGGGCACACCUGAAGCAGGCCUUGAUAUCCCAAUGUUAUAAAAACAAUAAUUCAUUUGUUUAUUGUGUACAGUCCUAGAUUUAUUUAAAGGGAUGUCUUUUAACCCUGUUUCAUUCCAGAUAUGAGUACCACUGGGCAGAUGGGACAAACAUAAAGAAGCCAAUCAAGUGUUCAGCACCAAAGUACAUUGAUUACCUUAUGACAUGGGUUCAGGACCAGCUGGAUGAUGAGACACUCUUCCCAUCCAAAAUAGGUAUAAAUUAGUAUAUUGCCGCUAUAUAAAAGCUGAAUGGUUUAAUUUGCAAACUGUGAACAUCUAUGCUGUUUCAAAAGGAAUAGGAGAAAACAAAAGCUUUUCACUUGAGGGAAACUUAACAUAAGAUUUUGAAAAUAUAUGUAACCAUCUUAAGCAGCAGUUGUUCAAUAUUAAUUAAUUUUUUACAAGAUUUAAUUUUAAGACUCCGCGACUGGACCUAACAGUCAGGGGUACCUUUACCUUUAUGUAGACCAGAACAUACCUAAUUUCUAGCAGUCCUUAUUUAAAAAGAAGAGUGAUCUUUGAAAAUAAGCAAUUAAAUGUUUCUCUGCUUAUGGAUGCUUCCCUUAGGGUGAUUUCUGUGCUAGUGUAGUACAGUGGUGCCUCGCAAGACGAAAUUAAUCCGUUCCGCGAGAGUCUUCGUCUAGCGGUUUUUUCGUCUUGCGAAGCAACCCUAUUAGCGGCUUAACGGAUUAGCGGUUUAGCGGCUAUUAAAGGCUUAAAGGCUUAGGGGAUUAGCUGCUAAAAGGCUAUUAAAGGCUAUUAAAGGUUUAGCAGAUUAGAUAAAGGGGGGGAAAAGCGAAAAAAAAAUCUCAAGACUUGCAAGACAUUUUCGUCUUGCGAAGCAAGCCCAUAGGGAAAUUCGUCCUGCGAAGCAACUCAAAAACGGAAAACCCUUUCGUCUAGCGGGUUUUCCGUCUUGCGAGGCAUUCGUCUUGCGGGGCACCACUGUAUUGCAUUUUUGUUCACUUCUGCACAAUUCAUUUGUUGGUUUAUAAAAAUUACAGUUUUAAACUUAAAAUUUUAAAUCAGUGCAAGAUACAGUUACCUUAUGUCUUUAAAAAACAUAAUUGCUGAAUAGUUCUGGUUGUGUUUUUGAUUACUGCUGGAAAAACGCUUGCAUAGAUGGUACUUUUUCGAUAUUUGUGGUUCUCAGUCCUGAUACGUGGGCUGUUUAAACCUGUGCUGCUCCCUGCCCAUUCAUGGGACGACAAGAACUCUGUAUUCCUUGUGAGUGGCUUCUUAUUCUUGCUGCAUGGGUCAUGUAUUGUGCUACAGCUUAUGCACUGAAGCAAGAAGCCACUAUCUAGAUGAGUCUUGAGCAUGAUAGCAGCUGGGGGUUGUAUCUAAUGAACCCGUCUCAUCAGCACAAAGGCUGCUUCUGCUUGUGCAACAGAACUUCCCCUUCCUCUUCUCUCUCCCCCUCCCACCCCCAACCUGCUCUGGAUGCUUAGGGGAAACCCCAGAACUGAUCUGAGGGAGAAGAGAGGGGAAGUUCUGUUUUGCAAGUGGACAUUGUUGUGUGAACAGGAUGGUUUUGUUGGAUACAACCCUGCGUUCUUUGUAGGACUUGAAUGUAAACACUUGGACGUUUGCUUUGUUGAUUUCUAGGUGUUCCUUUCCCAAAGAACUUCAUGUCGGUAGCUAAAACGAUCCUAAAGCGUCUCUUCAGAGUUUAUGCUCACAUCUACCACCAGCACUUUGAUCCAGUCAUUCAGCUGCAAGAAGAGGCACAUCUCAACACAUCCUUCAAGCACUUUAUCUUUUUUGUUCAGGUAACUAGCCAUGGGGUACUAUGACUUAAUAUAUCCCUGCAAGAUGGAGCAUGGGCUCACAUUCUCUUUUGAGUUUUCUGUUGCUUACUGCGGUAACUAGGGAUCCUUGUACUCUUCAGCACAUUUAAGUUUCUCUUUAACAUGAUUCUAAUGUUGUCUGCUGUGCCCUAUUCCUAAUUAAGUUUUAUGUCAUGCCGUGAAGUAUUAUUGAGAGAAAAGGUUUAGAGCUAUUUAUUUAUUUGAAAGACUUAUAUAUCUUAAUCAACCAGAAAAUCAAAGGAGGUUCUAUAAAAUAAAUAUAAAGCAUCAAUUUAAAAAUACCAACAGAAUUAAAUAUUUAAAAACAAGCUGACAUAUUUUUUAAAAAAAUAGGUAAAUAAAAUUAGUAGUUUUAAAACAAAUAUACCUAGUAAAAUUACAUGUUUGGGUAGGUUUCCAUAAUGAAAAAGGUUUUAGCAGGUUCCAAAAACUGUACAGUAAAGCCACCUGCCAAAUAUUUUCUUUUGUGAUCUCCUUAAUGUGACAUGAAUGGUGAAUAUGCAUAACCAGAAACCUCUGUGCACUUUAACUGGAUAUUGAAAAAUUUGCAAAAGUGAUGUAUUUGAUUAAGGUAAAAGCAGUUACUUUAGGAUUAUAUAUCCCAUUUGGAAACGCUGAAAUCCUUCUGUGUGAAAUGGAAAUUAGUCCUGUCACAGAUUGCAUGGCAGACGUCUAUUGUUAGAGGUGUUUGGUAGCAUUUGGCCACCAACCUAGAAUUAAAAAUACUGCUGGAUUUCUUCAUGUGCCAUGUGCAGUCCCACAUAUAGAUUCUGCACCUAAGUAGUGCAGGUUCAUGAAUAUUCUAGAGUUCUAACUGGGACACUGGUGAUCCUCUCACAUAUCAACAAGAGGCAAGUGAACAUGCCUAGAGAAGUGAAAUGAGAACCUCACUUGGUUCUCUUCUGAUCUCUGCAAUAGCAGCAGCUAGGACAAUGCUUUCUGUGGAAUCUCCCCACAAUGAACUUUAAUAUCUGUCUUUCUCGGAUGGGGAUCUUUCUUUUAGUCUUAGUUUCGGUGUGCCUUGACCUCAUCUUUGUUCUUCCUAAAAACUGUGUUGACUGCUUUUACUUCCAGCGUAAGGUAAUUGUGUUUUCAGUUACAUAGGGUAAAACAAUGUUGUUGAUAACUAAUGGAUAUGCUGCUAAAUGUUGAAUUGAAUUGUUGGUCUUUUUCUGCCUCCCACAGGAAUUUAACCUUAUAGACAGAAGAGAACUUGCUCCACUUCAAGAAUUGAUUGAAAAACUCACUUCAAAGGACAGAUAAGCAGAAGUGAAUUUGUGCAAAUCACUUGUUUGGUUUAAGCAGGCAUGUGGUGUUUUAGGGAUUUGAGCUGCAAUCCUCUGCACACUGAUUAAGAUCCAUGGAACUUACUCCUGAGCAAGCGUGUGAAGAGGCUUGCAGCCUUUUAAAUUUUUGUUUAUGUUUUUAGAAAGAAAAGGAAACCUGUUCUUGUUUUUUAUUUGGGCAACCUAGAUCCAUUCUCUGUGCUUUUAUUAGAGGAACCCGUUUGUCUUUAGUGAGACACACACAGUAAAUGGCUUUCUGUUAUUGUUUGUUGUGUAAUCUUCUUUUAGCAGAUGUCGAGUGUUUAUAAAGGAGAGAAAAAAAUACAUGCUUGUUGGGAUAUGUGACACUGCUGGUUGUAUGGGUUCUGCGUUGCCAGUUGCAGCCCAUUCUCAGAAAGUCCUUUAAGAGACUUAACAUUCUCUAAGUGCCUUGGCAGACUCUCUUCUGAGGUACAAAGCACAUACAAAGAACAUUGCUGGAACCAGAAAACACAAAUUGCUACCCAGGACUUACACUUCUUGUUAGAUAUAAAUAAAUAUGUGUAAACCUUUUUUUAAAAAGCCAUAACUUCUAGAAGUGAUUUCCAGCUUUUAAUGCAAAACAAUGCCUUUAGAGAUGAAUGUGGGCUACAGGAGGUGGGGAGAGAGGGGGGCUCAUUUUUCUUUCUUUUUUUAUGUCCUCAGAAACCCACCCAACGUCUUGCAUCUGUGGAGGACUAAGGACAGCAUGGGGGUUGACCACUUUCUUCUUUGUUGCUUGCAUUUGUUCUUCAAACAUUCAACUUUCCUUUAGAUUAGCCAGCCUGAUUUUGAUGAUCAAGGGAGGUCAAACUGUACUGUAAGCUUUCUUACCCGUAUAAAUCAGUAGCCUUGCCAGAGCAUCAAGGGGAAACAAGGGGAAGUUGUUUACAGAGAACAACAGUGGUGUUAACAAGGAUUUAAAAAAUACUUUAAAAAUCCACCAUAGUCAUUUUAUUGCGAGUGGCAGAAAUCUCACUUGACGUACAAGUGUGGGCUCCUUAGUUGCAAACGGCCUCAAUCCAUUUAUCGUAUGGAACACUUGCCAUUCCAUUCAUCCUGAGCGCACAGUCCCACUGCAGUCCUAACUGUACACCCAAACGCAGCAGUUUUCUUAUACGGCACACAGUACCACUUUUUCAUGUUUUUAGAUGUCUCUGUUUACUUUUACUCACACAUAUUUUGUAUUUUUGUCACUCUUUCUUUGUUUCUUCCCCUCCUUUCAAAUGAGAUGACCCAGUACCUUAUAACCAAGUACCCAGAUAACCGUCACCUGUUGGUUUGUGGAUGUUUUUGAUAGCAUGUUGGGAAACCCAAGACUUUUCAUUCUUAGAAGUUCAGAACAUGAGCUGUCUCUGAUUCCCACAUGUUCAUAAAAUUGUCAGGUUUAAUUCAGAGUUCUAUAUACAAUCAGAUCUUUCUUGCACAUUUGCAGCUUGCCACUCUCUGAUUAUAUAGUGUUAAAUAAAAAAUGUCAUGGUUUUUUUUGCUGAUGCAUCAUACUCUUCAGAUGUUCUUAAACCAAUUUGCACAGAAUGAUUUAAAACGGAGUUCUGUGUAGUAUAGAGAUAGUCUUCCUUGGGUGAAAUAGAUCUGAACCUGCAAAUUCACAAAGCGGUAUCUUAUUGAGUAUGCAUUUCAGACAUAAGCUGCGUGCCCAUGCAUGUCCCUUUUAAAAUCUUGUGUGCACAGCACCUUCCCAUAGCAUGGUUUUUGCAGUGUAUGUAAGUUACAUAUGCACAAUGUGUGUUUUAAACACUGCAUUAUCAAGUAUUCAACACACUCUUGAGCUUAAGACGUGGUCUUGAAUUUUUUGUAACUCAGUCAUAAAAGGAAAAACAAGAAAUGCUGUGAACUCAUCUAGGCUUACUUCACCUUGAUAAUUAGGUAGCCCUUGCUCAUUGUACCUAAUGUACAUAUUGCAUGGAGCACCAUAAUUCUGCAUGUAGAUUUAGCAAAAUAAAUGAUCAGCAGUUUGGGUACUACUUAAUAUGCACACACGGUAUUACAUAUGCUAAUCUUUUAUGGUAUUACAUCUAUGUCCAGGCUUGAUUUUAUAGAAGUCAGGCUUACCAUUCUGAGAUCAAAUAUUUAAAUAGAUGUUUGAGGACCUUUUAAAAAAUUGGAAUUUACAGACAGCAGUUUAUAAGGAAGGAAGUUACUAUUGAAAUGUUUCCCAAUGAUGAGCAAUUUCAAUCCCUUGAAAUAUUAAUUUAACACACAUACACACACAAUUUUUUUAGGGACUGUUGUGAACCUUCUAUAAGGUAAGUCUGUUCUAUAAAGGUACAAUGAGAGUGUAUUAAGUUUCAAAUGCUCAUUGUGGGGGGGAUUAUUUGGUUUGCUUUCGUUUGCUGACUUCUUGGUUGGAUAAUAAAAGGCUGGAGAUCACUGAGAGUACAUUUAGUUAAACUCUGUUGAUUUCAUUAAACUUGAAAACGAAAACACUGAAGAUAUCUCAUUGUAUUGAACACAGAGUAUAUCUUUGUAUUGCAUUGGGAACUUUUACAUUUUUCAGUGAUGGCUUUCAGACACAAUAUAUACUAAUUUACCAAUGCAUUCAAACGUAAAUCCAGGUCUCCUUGAUUUUUUUCAUCUGACCAAGGAUUUUGAAAACUGAACACCUUAGUAUUUUAAAAUCCACAAAAUUAUAGUCUGGAUCUGGGUUUCAAUCUUGAAGGGGUACUCUGCUAAAUGCCAGGUUGCUUUUUUAUAUAUUAAACAUUGGAUAUUCAGGCCUGGGAAUAUAGUCACAGCCAGCCAUUGUAUUUUAACACUCUUUUACAUCGUGGAGGAAGAGUGAAGGAGCUUCAAAAGUCUGAACCAGUUUUACUCUUAUUUCAGCUUUCAGUGUGUUUCUUUGUUUUGGUGAUAGGGUUAAUAACUUCAGAAGGUAACCUUCCUCAAUCUGAUGAGACAGAGUAAAAUUGAUGGUCAUGGAAGUUGGUGCAAGUCCAUUAAAGCCGUUGUGUUGUGCUUUCUUAGGCCAGUGAACAAGGAUUUACAUUGUUAAGACAGAUUUUUUCAUUCUGACCAUAGAAAUUGUAUGUCUACUUUGCAUAUUCGUGUCAGGGAUCCAUGUUCAUUGCGUAAAUAUAAAAACGUCCCACAAUAUUUUAGUGGUAACUCAGCUUUAGCCAGAAAGCUUUCAAAAGGAUUAAUAGCUCUUCUGUAAGUUCAUGUCAAGUUUUCUUUUACUGCUUACUAUGCAAUCUAGAACUCUGAAUAUUUGCAGUUACUUUUAAGAUAGAAAACCAGAGACUCUUUAAUCUUUUAGAACUGAAAUCUCUCUCUAAAGUUCCCUUUACAGGCAAAAGGCCAAUUUGCUGCUAUUGACUCUUCUUACCUUUUCAGAUUUUUCCUCUUUUCCUUGAGCUCUUGCCUUGAAUUGCCAUACAAAGUUUUAAGAUUUUUUUUUAAAUAAAAAAAAUCAGCUUGGGAAUGUCUUAAACCAGCUGACAUGUAUUCUUUCCCCCUGGAAUACUAUAUUAUAGGUGAAAUUUAUGCUUUCAUAUUAAAUCAAAACAAAAAGGUGGACCUGCCAAUUUUUCAAUUGCAACAUUCCCAUGUUAUUUAAUAUUUUCAUUUCUUUUCAUUGCAUUUCUUUUAAUAGGUAACUAUUUAGGGUUUUCUAGACUGCAUUGAUAGAAACACUAGCCACCUUAGGAGUGAUCUACUUAAAUUUAAGUAAAAGUUUAGUUGGCAUCUUAUUUCUGCCAGUUGUACACAUAGUUUCAUUUUUUGAAAUUCAGUUCCCUCCUAAAAUGGCAAAGUAAUUCAACUUUUGAAACUCUUUGUUUGCUCGGUUUUUUUCUUCUUCAAGAACACUGUCCUUUCAAUAGUUUUUUCAUAGAUAACUGUAUUUUUAGGGGAAAUUAAUUUUUAUAGCCACUAAACUGUACUCAUUAUUUUUGUACAUGUAUAACUAGGUCAUUCAAAUCUUUUGAAAGGUCAUUCGGUUCCAUUUUUGAAGACAUUUAUUCACAGAUGUUGUGUUUGCUAAAUAUUGCCAUAAAAAUCAAUACCUUUUAACAUGUAUUGUAAAAAUUAAAAGGCUCGAGUAAAUAUUACUCAUUGGUAAACCUGGUACAUGCAGACAGACCUGCCUAACUCUUACUAUAACUGGCAAAGCCUUAAGUGCAGUGGGGGGGGGGGACAGGAGACUAGAUAAAAUAUAGGACCACUUGCUUGUGCUCUCCUAACAGGGAACAUCCAGGAGCAUGGAGGUUUCCUGAUGUGCACUGCACAGCACACAUCAGCUAUGGCCACAGAUUCCUGCCUGAAUCAGGCUAGGUCUUUCCAGCCAGCAUAAUCAAGCAGUCUAGCUUGCUGGACUGCACAACCUCAGGCUACAAUUGGUGAUGGUAAGAAGGGGAAGGAGUUGUAUCAUCAUGGGGUUGGGCAGCGGGGUGAGCGAUUUCCUUGCAAAAGAAAAAGCAGCAUUUUGGGUAGAAUGCUUAAACGCAAACCAUCUCCUAAAGGUGCUUUCCACCUGUAAAGAGUUUAAGCUGUGGCAGGAGUAUUCACGCAUGCAUCUCUCUCUUUCCCCUUGGCAGCUAGAAGCAGUACAGGAAAAGCCUCACAAUUUAAUUGUUCCGAGUGCAUAAAUUGGUUCCCCUUGUACUUGAUUUUAUGCUGUAACAGUCUUGCCUUCAUGUGUGAGCUCACUCAGUGACCCCUUCUCUAAACCUGGUGUUGGGCCUGCUUUUUGGAAGCAAGAAGGUAUUGCAGAUGCAACACUAUGAUGUCUGCUUCUUUUAAAUACUUCAAAAGUAGCUGGACAAAAUAGGCUUAAAAUAUAAAAUGCAACACAGAGACCUGUGCUGUACGCAGACUGUGCCAAUAUUACUUCAGUUUGUAGUCAUUAUUGAUCAAGACUUGUUUUAAAUGAAAACAGCUUUUUGAUUUAAAAAAAAAAGUUGAAUGUCUGAAAUUCUGCAACACAUGUAUUGGAAAGAUGUAAAUAAUGUAUACAGAUUGUUGUAAGUGAUGGGAUGAAAAAUAUAUAUAAAUUCUAGGCUUUUUCAGUAAGGAACUGAAUGCUGUUUAUAAGAAGAAAAAUAAAUAGCUAUGUUUGACCAUGAUUGCCUUUUCUUUCCCUCCUCAUCCUAACUUGCUGUUUUUCAAUGGAUCUACAUCCAUUAUGUAUCUGUACAUUGUACACAUCUGAGCAUUUCACGUACAAAUUACUUAAUGUGAUUACCUUACCUGAAUUUGUGAACUAUUUGUAUAGCAGGCAAAUCUAAGAGCAAUAAAACAAACCUGAUGUCCUUCCAUUUUCC